CUACAUUCCGCCGCGGAGGGAUAUCGGCAGAUGCUGCUGGUGUUCGGCCGCCCGUCACUAAUUACUGGUAACAAAUACUACUUUGUAACUGGUUCCGGAGAAACCACGUAUGUUUUUAUUCUGACAAGUUUUUUGCUGUUUCCUCUGAUGUGCUUCGGCAGUUUGGCCUCACUACUGCGUGAUUUACGCAGUUUGACGGACAGUUAGCUUGACUUGUUGCCUAAGCAGCGGAUGCUAACCGUUAGCUGAUGCUAACCGUUACUUGACGCUAGUUAGCUUAGUUAGGGAGAGUUGUUGCCUCCACCUUUAGGGAGCUUUGGCCCAGUUGGAGGCGGAGGGUUUCAGGUCCAGUGCAGGGGGACCCAAGCCAGCAGCGGGAUGGGGACUAGAACCGGAAAAGAGGUCAACAGUCCCCCGGUAAACACAAGGACCGAGAGAGACCGGGAAUACGCCAAUGACGUGUUGUACAGCUGCUCCGACAUGGACUCUGAGUCCGGGGAGGACGAGGACACGGCAGGCCGUGGCGGGGACAGGAGAGGCGUGAAGCGGGAGAGGAGUGAUCGGGAAGUCGGUCAUCAGUCCGGAGGGGUCAGCCCCGCGGUACCGGGAGCUAAACCCGGUAAGAAAACCAGAGGAAGAGUUAAAAUCAAGAUGGAGUUCAUAGACAACAAGCUGAGAAGGUACACAACCUUCAGCAAGAGGAAGACCGGUAUCAUGAAGAAGGCCUACGAGUUGUCAACGCUGACCGGGACUCAGGUGUUGCUGCUGGUGGCCAGUGAGACGGGUCACGUGUACACCUUUGCCACCAGGAAGCUGCAGCCGAUGAUCACCUCUGAGACCGGGAAGGCUCUGAUCCAGACCUGCCUCAACUCUCCAGACUCGCCUCCUCGCUGCGACCCGUCCUCCGACCAGAGGAUGAGCGCCACAGGCUUCGAGGAGACGGACCUCACCUACCAAGUGUCCGAGGCUGACGGCGGCUCUGAUGUUGCCAAGGAUGUGAUCAAACCAGCUUUCAUGUCCAACAUGUCCGGCACCACACAGCCCGCUCCCUCUUCCUCCACAGCGUCCAUGCAGGUGCAAACCAGCCUCCCCUCCUGGCAGCCUCCCUCCUCCACCAACGGGGCGCUGCUGAAGACGUCCGCUGGGGUCAUUGUCCCUGGAGGCUUCACCUUGAUGUCAGGUGCCUCUAUGCCCCCCGGCACACACUCCAUCCCCCUCAGCCAACUGCAGGGCCCUGUGGGACCCAGCUCCGCCUCCACGCUGGCUCAGCAAACUCAGCCAACCACGCUGCUCCGCCUCCCAACCACCCUGUCCCUGUCAGGAGGAGGCGGAGUAUCUCAGCAGCUACAGACCAUCCAUAUUCAGCACAGCAGUCAGCAGACCUCCACCAAUCAGAACAGCUCAGACAUCCACAGCCCCGCCUUCUCCACUGCAGCCAGUCUCCAUGCCCCCGGGAUGUCCUCCUCUUCGUCGUCUUCAUCGGUGGCAGGUCACAUGAUGUACCCUGGCAGUCACACGGUUAUGUACGCUACACCGACGUCGUCACUGAGCGAAGGCAGCCUCGCUGUUCUCAACGCUUUCCCCCCGACAAGCCACGCCCAGUCACAUGACCCAGGUUCUCUUCCUCAGGUCUUCUUCACCUCCCUUCCUCCCGUUACUGCUCAGAUCCCCGUCUCCACUGUCCAGCUGCACCCGAUGCUGAUCAGUCAGCAAAGCAGCAGUCCCCUGACGGAGCUGCAGGUUGUUAGUCUGGAUGUCCACCAAUCAAAGGACGUCUGACGGUUACAUGAUCAUCGGACACUUCAAACAGGAAGCGACAUCAGAGAUUCCCACAAUAAAGUUCUCUAGUAUUUUGAGAAUAUAACAAACAUUGAAACACUCUUCUCUCAAAUACUUGGGUCCUCUUUGUUAAAGUGAAUGUAGUGAAGAUGUCAUCAGACAUAAAGUUAAGUCGGAAGCUUCACAGCACGAUGACUUAAGCUUCCUGCUGCAGCAGAGCAUGUUUACCACUUCAGACCUGCAGGGCCUCAUCAUGACCUGAUCAGAGUUGAAGGACCUCGUUAUGACCUGAAGGACAUCGUCAUGACCUGGUCAGUCCUGAAGAACAUCGUCAUGACCCAAUCAGGCCUGAAGGACCUCGUUAUGACCUGAAGGACAUCGUCAUGACCUGGUCAGUCCUGAAGGACAUCGUCAUGACCCAAUCAGGCCUGAAGGACCUCAUUAUGACCUGAAGGACCUCAUCAUGACCUGAUCAGAGUUGAAGGACCUCGUUAUGACCUGUAGCACAUUGUCAUGACCCAAUCAGGCCUGAAGGACCUCAUCGUGACUGUGAACACAUGAUUUACUUUAAAGAUGUCUAGUCCUUAAAGUGACGCAGGUUGGUCCUCUGCUGUCUGACCUCUGACCUUGUGUUUAUUUAUUCAUACAGUAGUGAUGUCAUCAGUUAUUGUUGUAAAGCGACAGGUCAUUUCUAUCGAUAAGAUCAAUAACAUGUCAACAUGAGGGAAAAUGUGAUUUCCUGCCAACUGGAGAAGAAAAGAUCAAAAUAAAUCAUUUGAAAUAUUAA